AUGUCCGAAGAACUUGACAAGAAUACUCGUCUGAUUAAUGACAGCCAGCGUCCUGCAUAUCUUCUUCUUAUGGUUCAACAAUGGUUAAAUCUUGUGCUCGUCUUCGUGGUAAUGAUCAUGGCUGCGGUAUUGACAACUCUUGCAGUCCGUCUGCACUCGAGCUCUGGGUUCACUGGUGCUUCACUGGUUACUCUAAUGGGUUUUGGUGAAAAUCUUUCUGGUAUAGUUAUCUUCUAUACUAAGCUAGAGACCUCGAUUGGAGCAAUCUCUAGACUCAAGACGUUCAACGAGAGUGUACGUCCUGAGGAUCGAGAUGAUGAGGAUGUAGUUCCUCGUGCUCAAUGGCCUCAGACCGGUUCGAUACGCUUGGACGGAGUGUCUGCUAGCUAUGGGUAA